UCUGGUCAUUCCCAAAGAUAUAAGAUUUGUACAAAUGAAAAGAAUGGCUUUGGAGAAACACUUACGAGUUUUUGUCUGAGACAGUCUGGAGUCACAUCAUUGUGUUAUUCACCUCUAUUGCUCCAUAUGAUGACAACACCUUAAAAAAUAGUCUUAGAAAAUGGCCAGACCUCCAGUAGCUUCUACAGAAGUGUCAGAACAGAUAUCACACUCUUAAUAUUAACAACAGCAAAGACAGCUCUCAAGUGAUCACACUGCUGGAAAAAAUUGAGAAAAUGAUAGCUCAAAACAAUGGUCAAUACUUAACAAUGGACAAAAGUGCCUUUGCACUGGAUGAGAGAGAGGACACAACAACUAAAAGUGCCAACAAGAGAAUUCUUGCUAUGGAAACACGAAGAGCUGAAUUCCAAGCACGCAUUAGAGAUGAUCUACAAGAUCUAACUCAAAUACAAAUUGUGAUGCUUGGAGCAUCAUGGGCUUCAAGGAGCUCUGCAGGCAACCUCAUUCUUGGAAAAGAAAGUUUUGAAGUUGGUGGACCAAGGACAACAGUGUGUUGUAAUGUUAAAAAUGCAGCAUUGGAUGAAAAACUGCUGACAGUGGUCGACACUCCAGGCUGGUACUACAACUAUCCUGUUGAAAAGACACCAGAGAUGGACAAACUGGAGAUCAGACGCAGUGUGCAUCUAUGUGCACCUGGUCCAAAUGCCAUCCUGUUAACUAUUCCCAUUGCUAUAUCUUAUGACAGGACAGUACACACAGCUGUUGAGGAACAUAUGAGUCUUUUAGGGGAAAAGGUCUGGAAUCAUACAAUUGUGCUGUUCACGUGGGGAGACUGUCUUGGGGACACAACUAUUGAAGAACGUAUUGAAAAAGAAGACAAACAUCUUGAGCUUCUGACUGAAAAGUGUGGGAACAGAUACCAUGUUUUUAACUGUAAGAAUCACACUGACCGCACACAAGUCACAGAACUUUUGGAGAAAAUUGAGGAAAUUAUGAUGGAAAACAACAACUCUCACUAUGUACCAGAGAUGGAAAGCAAUCCGUGUCUGGAAAUUGACCUGAUGCUGAAAACAACUAGAACAAACAUGAAAAAGGUGAGAAGGGAAAGGGCUAUCCUGCAGGAGUUGCUUAAGGAAAGGAAAAAACAUUUUUCAGAACUGAGGAUUGUGCUUCUUGGAGUUGAAGGAGUUGGGAAAGGUACAUCAGGAAAUAUCAUUCUGCAAGGACAAUUUUUUGAGAAUAGGCUGGGAAAGGACUUUAAAAUCAUGAGAAUAAGUCAAUGUGUAAUGCGACAGAGUAAAGUUGGAGGAUGUCAAAUCUCUGUGGUUGACACUCCAGGCUGGUCAACAUCAACUCGAAAUGCAAGAAAAGACAUUUUAAACAGUGUGAAAGUUUGCUCACCAGGUCCACAUGUAUUCCUGCUAGUGCUGCCUGUAGAUGAGGCUUUUACAGAGAAAACUCAACAAACAGUGAUGGAGCUCAUGGGCCUUUUUGGAGCGCGAGUCUGGAGACAUACUCUAAUUUUAUUCACUGAGGGGCACUGGCUAAAGGACAGACCAAUUGAGGAGUACAUUGUGUAUGAAGGAAAAGCCCUUCAGAGCCUGGUAGAAAGGUGUGAAAACAGAUAUCAUGUACUAGUGAAUGACUUGGGUAAUAAAUCUCAAGCCACUAAAUUAUUUGAGAUGAUUGAAGACACAGUAGCAAGAAACAGAGGGGAAUACUUCACUCUAGAAAAGAAGAGGAGAGAUUCAACAUCCCAAAAAUAUGCAAGGUCAAAGACACUGACGGAAGAGACAUGGAAAAAACAUGAGGAUGAACUCAUAGAGAGGAUGCUGGAGGUAGCAGUUGCAGACCUGGAUGCUGAAUCCAAGCAGCCAUUUGCCAGACGCAGAGGAAGCUUUAGCUACUCAAUCCCUAGUUUGAGUGGAGAAUUUCAAAGCACCAGAGCUGAUGCACAAAACCCUGCUGUACCUCAAAGGCUCCAGCCUAAAAAAUGUCAAGUACCAUCAUCUGGAUAUCACAGCAAGAGCAAUACAUCCCAUUCUGAAGAUCAAAUGACAGAUGAUGUCAAAAAAGAUAUUCCAACUCAUUCAAGAGAUUUGAGUGGAGAUUCAUUGUCGGAUAACACCAGUGUUUCUACAGCUGAUACACAAAUCUCUGGUGUACGUUCACUUUACCUGUAUGCCAUGUAUAAAUUAUUUUAUAAAUCAGGACAUCACAACAAGAGCACUAGCUCAAGUUCUCAACAUCCAAAUGUGGAAAAUAUCAGAAAAGACAUUCCAACAACCAAAAACCAGCAGACUGGCAUGGACUCAGAUAUGUGACACUGGACCACAAAACCAGUCUUAAGUCGCUGGGGUAUAUUUGUAGCAA